AUGUCGGACGAUUACCCUAGUCUGUUCCGUUCGGAGCAGAUGAGCCUGGUGCAACUUUUUGUACCAACCGAAGUUGCCCAUGACACUGUCGCUGAACUCGGUGAACUUGGAAAUGUGCAAUUCAAAGAUCUAAAUCCUAACGUUAAUCCGUUCCAACGCUCAUUUGUUGGCGAAAUUCGACGUAUUGACGAAAUGGCGCGACGCGUUCGCUUCUUCGAGACGCAGAUUGAUAAGGAGAAGGAUGUGGUUCCAAUACGCCCGCUGUACGACUCUUCACCGCUCAUCACUGUUGGCCCGCGUGCUGCGCAGACCAUUGACGAACUGGAUGUUACGCUUGCUGAGCAUGAGCUGCGCCUCACCAAGAUGAAUGAAAGCUAUCAGACGCUGAGUGAGAGGACCAAGGAACUCAUCGAAGCCCGUCAUGUCUUGCGCGAAACUGCGGUUUUCUUCGACAGAGCGCAAAAUCAGCAACCAGAAAUCCGGAGCUCAUUCGAUGAUAGUUCUGCACCUUUGUUGCAACACGAUGAUCGAGAGAACCAACUUUCUACUGCAAGUCUCCAGUUUGACAUCGAAUUCGUCGCUGGUACGCUCGACCGUAUCCGCGUCCCAACCUUCGAACGCGUGCUAUGGCGCGUGCUGCGUGGUAAUCUUUAUAUGAACCACAUUGACAUUGCCGAGCCGUUCAUCGACCCCGCCACGAAUGCCGAAACAUUCAAGAAUGUUUUCAUUAUCUUCGCGCACGGUGACGCCCUCUUGGCAAAGAUCCGCAAGGUUGCAGAGUCCAUGGGCGCAACUCUAUACCCCAUUGACGCGAACGCAGACAAACGCUCUGAUUCGCUGCGCGAAGUUACUUCUAGGCUCGAGGACUUGGAGACGGUCCUGUACAACACUGGCGCAAGCAGGCGGGCUGAGCUUGUCAGGAUUGGUGAAAGCUUAGCUAGCUGGCGAGACGUGGUUAAGAAAGAGAAGCUUAUCUACGAGACUCUCAACUUCUUCAACUACGAUGUCCGGAGGAAGACUCUUAUUGCCGAGGGCUGGGUUCCUACGAGGGAUAUUCCUGUCAUUCAGCUAGCCCUUCGACACGCUACGGAAGAAUCCGGGACAUCUGUUCCUCCUAUCCUCCACGAACUGCGGACUAACAAGACGCCUCCGACAUACAAUCGUACGAACAAAGUCACCGAAGGCUUCCAAAGCAUCAUGGACAGCUACGGCAUUGCCACAUAUCAGGAGGCGAACCCCGGCUUGUUCGCCCUCAUCACUUUCCCAUUCCUGUUCGCCGUCAUGUUCGGUGAUAUCGGUCACGGGGUCAUCAUUUUCCUGGCCGCGCUGUACAUGAUUCUCUCCGAGCGUAAGCUGGGAAAGGUCGACCUCGGCGAGAUCAUUGGCCAAUUCUUCUACGGCCGCUACAUCAUUUUGUUAAUGGGCAUGUUCUCAAUUUACACUGGUCUGAUCUACAACGACGUUUUCUCAAAGUCACUCCAUCUCUUCCACUCCGGAUGGGACUUUUCUGAAGAUGGCACUGGUGUAUCCAACGGGCAUGUCUACCCUUUCGGUCUCGAUCCUGCAUGGCAUGUCGCGGACAAUCAGCUCAUUUUUGUCAAUUCAUACAAGAUGAAGAUGUCGAUUGUGCUCGGUGUUAUCCAUAUGACUUUUGCUUUGUGCCUCCAGGUCCCUAACCACAUUAGGUUCAAACGCCCCCUCGAUAUCUGGGCAAACUUUGUACCCCAGAUGAUCUUCCUGCAAUCUCUUUUCGGUUACCUCACGAUCUGCAUCCUUUACAAGUGGUCUAUCGAUUGGUCUUCACCCAAUGUUCACACUCAGCCUCCUUCACUCCUGAACAUGCUUAUCUUCAUGUUCUUGAGCCCCGGCACGAUCGAUGCUGAAACCCAACUUUAUCGUGGACAAGGAUUUGUCCAAACAGUCUUGCUUCUACUUGCUGCUGUAUGCGUGCCUUGGAUGCUUGUCGUGAAGCCUUACGUCCUCUACAAGGAGAUGAACAAACACGAGGGCCAGGGAUAUAUUGGAUUACACGGAGACGACGGCCCUAGAAGCGCGCCAGAUGAUGUCCUUGAGGGGGAGGAAGAAGGGAAUGGCAGAGCGAUUGCCGAAGAUGCGGACGAAGGAGCGGAACAUCACGACUUUGGCGAAAUUGUGAUCCAUCAAGUCAUACACACGAUUGAAUUCUGUCUCGGUUGCAUCUCCCAUACAGCCUCUUACUUACGUCUCUGGGCCUUGUCGUUGGCUCAUGCUCAGUUAUCUGAAGUGCUGUGGACGAUGACAAUCGAGCGAUUCCUGAACCCUGUGGGAAUUAUAGGUUGGGUUGCGUUCCUCGUUGUCGGGUCCCUUUGGUUCGUCUUGACGAUCUUCAUCCUGUGCAUUAUGGAGGGCUUGUCAGCGUUCCUGCACGCGGUUCGGUUGCACUGGGUGGAAGCAAACAGCAAGCACUACGAGGGAGGCGGAUAUAUUAACGAAAUGCCUGCUGUUACCGCUGCUUCUACUCCCGCUCCAACUGCCCUCAAGGCUGCUAUGCACACCACACCUGUUGAAGGCCAAUUCGAUGUUUCGGCCCUCUUCGUUGCCGACAAGGCUACCCGCGAGGCCGCUGCAAAAGCAUUUACUGCUCUCGCCCAAAAAGAUGGCCCUGGCGCGAUGGAAUCCAUCGCUUUCACUGACGCCGUCGUCAAGGCUCUGGCCGACAAAAAAUCUCCCGCUGCCCGUGAGGGUGCUGCGGAUGCUGUCCGACUUCUCGUUGUUGAUGGUGCCAUCAAGGUUCUAGAGCCCGUCUUCAUCGAUUCUGGCAUCUACGCUGCCCUUCUCGAGGCCUUCGCCGAUAAGAUGCCUGCUGUCAGGACAGCUGCCAUCGAGGCCGUCAAGGAGUACGUCUCGGCCAUGAACCCCUGGGCCGCUGGCCUUAUCCUUCCAGCUCUUCUCCACGAGAUCAAAACCGCCGGCAAAUGGCAGCUUAAGACUGGCUCGCUUACCGUUCUCAACCAAUUGGUCAAGAGCGCCCCGGUCCAGACUGCCCGUCUCAUGCCCGAGAUCGUCCCAGUUCUUGCUGAGGCUAUCUGGGAUACCAAAGCCGACGUGAAGAAAGCUGCUCGUGAUUCCCUCACCAAGGCCACUGCACUGGUCUCGAACAAGGACAUUGAACGCUUUAUUCCUGCCCUUAUCAAAGCUCUGAUUAACCCCGUCGAAGAGGUUCCGGGCACCAUCGCCCUCCUCUCGGCCACCACAUUCGUUUCCGAAGUAGAUUCGGCUACCCUCUCCCUCAUGGUCCCCCUGCUCUCGCGUGGUCUUAAUGAGAAGCUCACCGCUACGAAGCGCAAGGUCGCCGUCAUCAUCGACAAUAUGGCGAAGCUCGUCGACUCAGCUGUUACUGUUCGACCUUUCAUCCCCAAGCUCCUCCCCGGACUGAUCAAGGUUGAAACCACUAUCGGAGACCCCGAGGCCCGUGGCGUUGUUGGUAAAGCAAUCGCCACCCUUCGCCAAGUUGGUGAAGUGCCUCAUGGCGACGGCUCUGAGCUUCCUCCUCACAAGGCUGUUGAGAGUGGCCCUCUUGCCCACUCCUUGAUUGCCAUCUACAAGAAGUUCGGCGCAGCCCCAUCCGUAGCUCAUGCCGCCAUCAUCUACGCCUCUCACUUGGCUGCAGGACUCGUCAACGCAAAGAACUUCGACGUUCCUGAGUGGGACACUCUCGCUCCCUACCUCGCUUUCGCUGCUUCGACUCCGGAACCCGUUACUAUUGCUCGUGAGUGGGUUGUCCGAUCUGCCGCUGAGGACGACGAAGAGGAAGUCGCCGAGGAUGAGGAAGAAGGCGAAGACUUGUGCAAUUGCCAGUUCUCACUUGCUUAUGGUGCCAAGAUCCUUCUUAAUACUGCCACCCUCCGUCUCAAGCGUGGUCACCGCUACGGUCUUUGUGGCAAGAACGGUACCGGAAAGUCUACCCUCAUGAGGGCUAUCACCAACGGUCAAGUCGAAGGUUUCCCAUCCCCCGACGAAGUUCGUACUUUCUACGUCGAGCACGAUAUCGAUGGCAGCGAAGAAGACACUUCUGUCCUACAAUUCAUCGUUACCGAUAAGCGCAUCCAAGCCACAAAGGAAGAGACCAUCGAAGCCCUUGCCGCCGUCGGCUUCAACGAUGAGCGUCAGAGCCAGGCAAUUGGCUCCCUUUCUGGUGGUUGGAAGAUGAAGCUCGCCCUCGCUCGCGCGAUGUUGUUCAAGGCUGACAUCCUCCUCCUCGAUGAGCCCACUAACCAUUUGGAUGUUGUCAAUGUUGCCUGGUUGGAGAACUACCUCACCAGUCUCACCACUUGCACAUCGAUCAUCGUCUCCCACGACUCCGGUUUCCUUAACAACACCAUCACUGAUGUCCUCCACCUGAACCGCUUCAAGCUCAGAAGAUAUCGUGGCAAUCUCGAGAAAUUCGUUCAGGCCGUUCCUGAGGCCAAGUCGUACUAUAGUCUCGAAGCUUUGGAAGACUACAGGUUCAAGCUCCCCGACCCACCUUUGUUGGAUGGUGUCAAGACCAAAGAGAAGUCGCUGUUGAAGAUGCGCAAGGUCGGAUUCCAGUACCCCACGCAAGCCGUUCAGCAACUCUACGAUAUCACUCUCCAAGUCUCGCUUUCCUCCCGUGUCGCUGUCCUCGGGCCCAACGGUUCCGGCAAGUCUACCCUCGUCAAGUUGCUCAUCGGUGAUAUGGAGCCCAACAAGGGUGGCGAGAUCUGGAAGCACCCCAACUUGGUCAUCGGUUACGUUGCUCAGCACGCCUUCCACCACAUCGAUAACCAUCUCGACAAGACUCCCCUCGAGUACAUGCUUUGGCGUUACCAGACUGGUGAGGAUUUGGAAGAGCUCGGCAAGGCAACCCGCCAGAUCAGCGAGGAGGAGGCCAAGAAGAUGAAGGACGGUGCUCUCGUUGUCGUUGAAGGCCAGAAACGCUUGAUCGACGAGAUUAUCACCAGGAAGAAGUUGAAGCAAUCGUACGAAUACGAAGUCUCCUUCAAGGGCCUCAGCUCAUCGGAGAACAUCUGGUUGCCCCGUGACGACCUUAUCAAGCGUGGCUUCGAGAAGAAGGUCAUUGAAGUCGAUACUCGUGAGGCUCAGCGUGCCGGUCUCCUUCGUCCCCUCGUUCGCCGGGAGAUCGAGAAGCACUUCGCCGACUUUGGUCUUGAGCCCGAGUUCGUCACUCACAACACCAUGAGGGGUCUCUCUGGUGGUCAGAAGGUCAAGAUCGUUCUCGGAGCUGCCACAUGGCGUCGCCCUCACAUCAUCUGCCUCGACGAGCCAACUAACUAUCUCGAUCGUGAAUCACUUGCUGCCCUCAUUGAAGCACUCAAGGUCUUCGAGGGUGGUGUCCUCAUCAUCACUCACAACCGAGAGUUCUCCGAAUCCAUCUGCAAGGAAGUUUGGGCCAUGCGUGACGGCCACCUUGAGGCAUCCGGCCACAACUGGGUUGAAGGCCAGGGCUCAGGACCCCGCAUCGACCAGAAGGGUGGCGAAGACGAUGAUCAAUACGACGCUAUGGGCAACAAGAUCGAUGUCAAGAAGCAAAAGAAACUCUCGGCGGCUGAGCAACGUAAAGCCAAGAAGGAGCGUAUGGCACGCAAGAAGAGAGGUGAAGACGUUGACGAUGAUGAAGACUUGUAA